CAACAGACCCGCAGCGAGGGCUAAACCACCCAGUUGAUAAGCGAGACAUCUUAUCUUUGGAGUAAACGCUGUGGUUCUUGUGAUAGGACACCCAGUGGGAGACCGGACCGACCUUUAGGGCCGGCCUAGAAGCUUGUCUUUCAGAGAACCGCAGUGGGCUAACACAGCUAUCUCCGGGAAGAUUGUUGUCGCAAUAAAACUGUGGAGCUCAGAGUCUAGUUAAAAAAUGGAAGGAGAGUUUGAUAGAGAAAUAGAUGAUGAUGGAUGGGGCCCGGUCAGCCCAUAUGUCACCCUAUUGACCCAAAUUGGAUCCACAGCUAAUGCCCUAGCUGCCACAUCAAAGCCAACAGAUAAAGAGAAGAAAGUAACAAAAGCAAAACAAAAAUUAGAACAACUUAUUCAGGACAUGGGGAAAACAUUGGAACAUAUAGGGCCCUUAGGACAAUUGAUACUUGAUAAGAUGAACACAGCAGCUAUAAAGAGAGAUGAAGCGGAAGAGCAGGGAAAGAUUGCAGGUUUGUUGCAGAAGUCCAGUUGGAGGAAAAAGGAGUGCGACUGGGAGAAGGAGCGACGGGAGUGGGCUGAACUGUUGAUCUGCUGGCAAAGCACCAAACAUCUGCACCAAAAGGAGCUUCACUCCAAAUCGGUAACUGCACCUCAUGUCCCCACAUGUCCUCCACCCUAUGCGCCUCCAAACCACGGCAUGUAUCCCACAUUUUACAUUGAAAAAGGCACACUGAACAUUGAUCCGCCUGGCGGUCACAUAACCGACAAAGAAUGUAGCUCGGACCAACUCUCGCUGCGCUCCAUUAAAUCCUCUACACCUGCGAUGAUCUCACUGCCGUUUCCACCGGCGCCUCCCUUAUCAGCUGUACGUAAAUCACCUCAACCUAUUGUAGUAACUGAGUCCGAGGAGGUUGGGUACACUGAAUUUAUGGAUAGACAACUCAGAGAGAGAUUUAAAGAAAAACAAGAAAGGUUUUCACAAGCAGUUACUAAGGGUUGAUAUGAUGCAGCUGCGCUUCUGGGUGAGCCGUGAGAUAAGAGUUGUCUUAGAAACAAGGGCAUCUUUGAGCGUGUUCCGCCUUAUCUCUUGGAAUGUGCGUUCGCGCACACAAAUAGGUGUGUGUGUGUGUGUGUGUGUGUGUCACAUUGAUAGUUUUAGACGAAUGAGAAUAAACACAUGCCCUUAUUUUGUAGAAUAUCACACACGACAGGAAGUCAGAAUACACAACUAACUGAUAGACACAAACGAUAGUCUCAUUAAUUUAUAGAUAAGCCAACACUUGUGCAGUUCAAAGGAUUCUUAGAUAAUCUUUAGUUGAUUUAGAAAAGCUACUUAAAUAAACAUAAAAUAAUGCGUAUAAAUCGUUGAAAUAGGGGUAUUGGUUAACAUUUAAUGGGACAAUUGAUGUUGUGGUUUCAAAACGUGAUAUGUAUUAUUGGGCUGAGCAGGAUGACGAUGAUAAGACGGAUGACAGAGUAACAAGGAAACGACUCCUUAAAAGUCAAAAGAACCGAAAGGACAAAAAUCAGCUAAAGUAUAUUCAGCAGUGGGUGACCUUCCUUUUGAGUUCCAGCAGGCGGAGAAAAGAAUCCGCAACAGAUAAGAGACCAGACAGAUGGACUCGGAUGGUGGACAACGCGAUGCUUCAAGGUCAAUCCGGGUUGGAAACUGUUUCGCCUGUGCCCACAGCUGGACGCCCAGAAGGGGAUACAAACAGACCUCUGCUGGACAUAAGUGUCAAUGGACAAUGUUAUCAGUUCGUGAUUGACACUGGUGCCACCCACUCAUUUCUGAAUGCAAAGGUGCCAAAGAAACUGUGUGCUUCCCUUCUGAAGGUCAAAGGCUUCGCUGAGGUCACAAGAAGGUUACCUGUCACCAAACCGCUUCCGGUUCAAAUUGCUGGACACACACUGAAGCACCCCUUCGUGGUCGACCUGAACACACCGUGCCUGCUUGGUAAUGACCUGCUUUACAAACUGUGCCCUGACAUUCAAUAUCGCACAGAAGGGACCUUCCUGGUGUUACCUGACGGUACAACCACCAAGCUGCGGCACCACUAUCAAGGCACCUCCAUGAGCAUGGGCUCAUACCACAGCCUGGAGCACCAAACAUGGCUGGCGUCUACUGAGUACCCCAACUCCUGCUGCAACUGUUCUAUCAGUGAAAACCCUGGCUGACUGAGCUGUUUCCGUGUGCACCACCACCCGACCCGCCAUUUGUUAUGAUCACAAGUAGACGACAUAUCAGGAGGCCUUUGACUCCUUUUUAUAUAUAUAUGUUGGAACUCAAGGUGUGGCUACUCACGUUGACAUAUCUGUGCAACAACUAGCAUGGUGUAAGAUAGACACCAAUGCAGUCCCACAUUGUUCCCUUGCUCUCUGUCCCCCCCUACGGAAACUAAAGACUUAGGUCCAAUGAUGAAACCACACAAAUACCACAUUAUUAAUUGUUUCAGUUGUCUGUUAAACACAUAGCUAUGGGCUGCACUUUGGACACUGCGGCUGUAGGCUACAAGGAGCUUGCAGCUACACAACAGCUGAGCUAAAACUACACAUGACAUUUAAGCAUAUCAAAUAAUUAUAGUUGCUUAUUACAUGCACAAAGUAGUCAAGACAGAAGUCUAAUAGAAAGUAUUCGGUAACAAACGUGUCCGCAUCAUUCAACUUUCUACAACAUGAGCUUGACUUAACGAAUUAAUGCGGCCACCAGGUGUGGUAGAAUGUCAAAUUACUAUUGCAAAA